GAUACAUUUCCUCUACGCAUGCGUAUUAUUUUAGUUCCAACAUGGACGAUGGAAUUGACAUAUCGACGAGUGCUGAAACAAAUGCCCACUGUUCUAAGUCCGUUUACACAUCGAUUUCUCUCACUCACGUGCAAUAUACCAAAGGUGAUUUCAUCGGUUUUGUCCUUGCAUGGUCGAGUCUGGUGCCAUUCUGUUUGUUAGUUGCCUUUGUCACUUUGAUCGUUUUCCGACGUGAUAUACACACGAUUUCCUACUUUGUAGGUUUACUGCUGAAUGAAGCUGUUAACUGGAUACUCAAACAUACCAUAAGGGAACAAAGGCCAUCUAGAGAUAUAUCAGUGCUGUUCACCGAAUAUGGCAUGCCAUCCAGUCACUCACAGUUCAUGUACUUCUUCGCCACAUACCUGGUUUUCUUUUUGUUGAUACGGGUAUAUCGGAACUACAAUUGGAUGGAUGACUUGUGGAAGUAUGCACUGAUUGUGGGCGGCUAUUUAUGUGCAACUCUGGUAGCUUAUAGCAGGGUAUAUCUCGGCUAUCACACAGGCAGCCAGGUGAUAUGGGGUGGAGUUGUGGGACUUGUCCUUGGUUGUGUUUGGUUUGCAUUUGUUCAGGCCAUCCUCACUCCAUUCUUUCCGUAUUUAGCAGGAAGUCGACCAGGAGAGUUGUUGAUGUUGCGAGACUCCACGUUAAUACCACACGUGCUCUGGUUUGAAUACACCUCCUCACGCUCAGAGGCCAGGAAUCGACAGCGGAAGUUGACAUCUCGGAAAUCCCAAUAGAUGUGUUCUAGUAUUUUUAACUAUUCUACAAUUGGCCAUGUUUUAAAAAUCAUGUUUUAUAUUUCACCAUUUUCAUAAUUUAAAGUAUGCGUGUUGUAACUGUUAUAGCCAUGUCUUAAUUUCUUAGCUCAUUUUAUUUAAAAUUUUAAUUGUUGUACACAGUUUAGGAUUAUUAAAGAAUAUUUGAACUUGUCA